CAGACUGGACUGGCUUGGGAAGUGGGAAGCGACCCAAAGGCCAAAGACGACUCGGCGCUAGCAUGAAGAAGGCUGAUCUAAGUAGCUUCAGACCUCCAUCUCUUGCAGCAGCAGUACCCAUUUUUCCUAGAGGAAGAAACAUCAUCAAAACUACUAUUUCAAGGCCAAAAUCAUCAUCUAUAAAGAACAGUAUAGAUAAUAAUGAAAGGACAACAUCACUAGAAGAAAUAAGAGUUUGCACUAACAGGACUUGCAGGAGACAAGGUUCAUUAGAUAUUCUUCAAAUUCUAUCUGGGAUUGCGCCUCCUUCUGUCUCCGUCAACUCCUGUGGCUGCCUCGGCCGCUGUGGUGCCGGUCCCAACGUCGUCGUUUUGCCUCAGGGAGCCUUUGUCGGCCACUGUUCGACCCCUGCUAAAGCAGCCCGUCUCAUGGUUUCGUUGGUUUGCGGUUUUCAUAGGAAUGAUAAGGACUUUGAGAGGAGUAGUAUGGAGUGUCUGGAAGCAUUUGCUUUGAGGAAGAGAGCUGAAGAUGAGAUGGAAAAGGGGAAUCUUGAUGGAGCCCUGCUUUUUCUUUCACAGGCUAUAGAACUUAAGCCGUUUGGAGGUGUCCAUAUAACGUAUAAAACCAGGUCCACAGCAAGGUUAGCCAUGGGAAAUGUCUGUGAAGCUCUUGAUGAUGCUAAAGAAGCUUUGACCCUUGCACCAAAUUACCCUGAGGGUUAUAUCUGCCAAGGUGAUGCUUUAACGGCCAUGGACCAAAUUGAUGCUGCAGAAAAGUCCUAUGCAAUGGCUUUGGAGUUAGAACCUUCUCUUCGCCGUUCCAAGUCUUUCAAGGCUCGGAUUGCAGCGCUUCAAGAGAAACUCUCUCCUUCAAAUGCAGCUUAAGGCAUUAUUUCAGCUGCAUGUGUACUUAUGUUAAAUUAACAUUAUGGAGGAUUGAUAUAUCUUUCUUCCACUGGCCUUUUUGGUAUACCAAUAUCUGUGCCCUUGAUUACCAGCCAGUUUUCUACCAUUGCGAAACAUCUGGAAUCAAUUGAAGUGGCCACCUAGCGUUGCAAGAAUAAAAGAAGACCAUUUUUUCAACAUCUUCAACUUCGGUUUAGAUAGUAAAUGCUGAAAAUAAAAUAGUUAACAACGAAAGCUGUAUAAUUAGAGGUGGUUAAUAAAUCUAAAGUUGAACUGAUUUUGUCACCAUGUACAAAGUCCCUUGGCCAUAAUUUUAUUCCAUGUAUAGACUUGAAAUUGUCAUAGAUAUUCCUCUAUGAAGCUUCUUUUUUCCUCUCUA